GAAAAACAAAGGAAGAAGGAACAUGACACAAAUAUAAAUAUAUAUAUUUUGUUUCUCCGCUGUUUUACAGCUCUGAGAAAUCGAGGAGAUUCUGUUUCCUAAUUGGGCUAAGCUCCUCAAAAUUCUGUUUCCUAAUUAUGCACAGAUUUCAUUUGAUAUGUGUAUACUGUAUAUGCAUAAGUUACGCCGGCAGGAUCCACAUAAAGAUUUGAUUUUUGUUUGAAUUCUACCCUUUUCCCUAAUUUUUUGAUCCUUUUCCACUUUUCGAUUUCCUAUAGUUGCACACUGUUUUAGGGCGAACUGAUUUUUCAACAAAGAUGGUUCAUACACACUUCGUGUGGUCUCACGGAGGCAAUCAAGUCUUUCUAUGUGGUGAUUUCACUGCGUGGAUCAAGUAUCAACAGAUGGUCACUGUCGAGGGUUCAUCCACGACUUUUAUGACGAUUUGCGAUCUACCACCUGGUUUACACAAGUUCAAAUUCUUGGUUGAUGGUGUAUGGAGGAUCGAUGAACGACAACCAAUUUCUGAAGAUGAGUAUGGUGUUAACAAUGUCGUUCUUGUGGAACAACCGCAGCUAAUGCCUCAAACAUUACUUUUUGAUGAUGGUCUACCAGUCAUGGAUAUUGAUGGUUAUGAUGAUAGAAAUCAUGCUGAUGUUGCUUCAACAUCAGGAAGUGUUCCUAAAGAAGUGGAAGUUGAAUUAACCAAUGAUGAUAUUGAGACUACAUGUCGUCGAUUAUUUAAACAUUUUUCAUCUUACAAAGCAUACGAGUUAAUUCCCGAUUCAGGAAAGGUUUUCGCAUUGGAUGAUAAUAUGACUGUGGAAGAAGCAUUUCUUGUUAUGCAUGAAGAGGGAUUUGUUAUUGCCCCACUUUGGGAUGCAUCCAAUUUACAGAUUUCAGGGAUGCUAACCCCAUCCGAUUUCAUUAUGGUCCUAAUUGAGCUUCAGAGAAAUCGUGCAAUGGGGACAAAUAAUGUCCAUCAAUUUUCUACAAUAUCUGCAUGGAAAGAAGGGAAGCUUCAACUUCAAAGAAGACCAUUGAUCCAAGUUGAUCCUGAUGAUUCCCUGAGUGAUGUUGCAAUUAGAAUCUUGCAAAAUCACAUAUCUGCAAUUCCUGUUGUAUAUGUGCAACAAGGUUCAACUUGUCCACAAUUGCUUCAUGUUGCAUGCCUUAGUGGACUCUUGGAACAUAUAUGCAGACAUUUUGAACAUCGUAUAAAUUAUUUACCUCUUCUACAACAUUCGAUUGGUGGUCUUCCAAUUGGCACUUGGAUUAGAGAAAUUGGGGGUGUAAGGGAAUUAAGAACAUUUCCUCCUAAUUAUCUUCUUAGUGAUGCUUAUAGACUGUUAAUAGAUGAACGUAUAAGUUCAGUGCCUAUUGUUGAUGAUAAGGGGACUCUUAUUGAUGUUUUUUCCAGGAGUGAUGUUAUUUCGUUAGCAAAGGGUAAUGCAUAUGUUCAUGUUCAGCUUGAUCAGACAACAAUAUCUCAAGCACUACAACUUGUAGACAAGAACGCUCGUGCUAGGUAUGGCAUAUGCACGCGCUCUGAUUCCUUAUUUAAGGUCAUGAAUCUUCUUUCAGAUCCAGGGAUGCGUCGUGUGGUGGUUGUUGAAGCUAGCAAUCGGUGUGUGUUGGGUUUGAUUACAUUGAGAGACAUAUUUAAUCUCAUUUUUAGAGAUUUUUCAUAAAUAAAUAUUCUCAUUUGUGAAUUGUGACGUGGUUUGAAUAGUAAAUUUGGUAUGUAAGAAAGUAUGGGGUGAUGCAAAUGCAGUAUAAAAUUAAUCCCAUUACUGCAAAUGUAGUUUGUAUUUAGUUCAAUCAACGGUUGAGAUUGAUUUCUCCCUUCCCCUUCUUGAAAUCCAUGAACCAAACAUGCCAC